GUUGGGAAGAUGAUAAAGCUGGGGAGGAGGGUGAGAAAGGCCAGCGGAGCCGGGCGAGCGGGGAUGGGGUGGAGGGCGUGAGCGGGGCUGCGGCGAGGCCGUGCCCGGUGGCGCGGUGCUGCCCGGGCGGCAGCGGCGGGGAGCGGGACGGCGCCAUGGGCUGCGGGGGCAGCAGGGCCGACGCUAUCGAGCCCCGCUACUACGAGAGCUGGACGCGGGAGACCGAGUCCACCUGGCUGACCAACACCGACUCCGAGAGCCCGCCGCAGGAGGGCGGCAGCGCCGAGGUGGGCGGCCCGCGUCCCGGUCUUCUGGAGGAUGGGAAACCAGUGCAGACAGGUGUAACUACAGCAUCAGCCACAGCUGGAAGUCUGAACACUGAGAAGAGGAACAAUUGUAGUUCUCAAUGUGUGAACCCUAUGGUCCACGGCACAGGAGCUACAACACAGAGACAGAACGGCUUCAGGACUGCGGAGAGUAAACGGGACACACAGAAAAUGUCCACAAAGGAAGUCGCCAUUAAUGUUACAAAAAACAUCAGACAAAACGACAGAAGGAAAACAAAGAAUUGUGUUAAUUAACAAGGGAAAGCGCAGGUGAGGAUGAACCUAACAAUGCUUCACUGCAAUUUAAAUGUCAUCUGUCACUGAAGAUAUGAAGAUCUCCAGAUGUUCCAGGUUGAAUGAAGCAGGCCGCUGCUGCUGAGCACCAUGUCUUGUAGAAGCCAGCUGCAGACACUGUAGGAUGUUCGGAUGUCAUUUGCCUAAAGCAGUGGCACUGCUCAGACAUGCAACAAAAUUUGUGCCAUUUGGUUUUUACUAAGUCUUGUCUUAUUUCCUUGUACAUCCUGUUCUGCGUUACUGUUAGGAUGAGGCUGGAUGAUGAGAGGUACAGUUCGUCACAAUUUAACCCAGGAAAUGAACAAAUUAAUCUGCAUUUUUAGUUGUAAAAGGUAAACCCACAGAACUCAUUUAAACCGCUCGCUAUCAGAAAACUCAUACCCAGAAAGUGACCCAAAGGUGGUUCCCACUAAAUCUCUUUUAAACUGUAUGUUGGUUAUAUAUAGCUAAGUCAUAUAAUAACCUUUUCAUAUAUUAAUAUUUUAAUUAGUUUUAAUUUAUUUUCUGUAUUGACAGGCUUUAGGUCUUAAACCCAGUAUCUUUCAUACUGAGCAUCAUUCCUUGAAGUUCCUAAUCUUAGCUGGCAGGUAGGGUUCUGGCUAUUUGGUUAAUUAUGUUGAGGCCCUGACUGACUUGGAAAAAAGUGAUCAUUAACAUUGCAUGAAAAUAACCAUAAUUCUUAGAACAAUAUUGCAAUGACAGCUCCAAAAGUUAAAUUUAUUUGAUCAGAUAUAGUUGAUUUGCUGUGCAGAUACUUACCUGUAUCAUAGCACUUCAUGUUUAUCACAAAUACACAGCUAAAAGGAAUAUAAAUGUUCAGUGUAGUAAAGACCAGGAAUUAAUUCAACGUAUUACAUCUUAAUAUAGAAGGAAUAGUAUAUAUUCUCUGUGAAUUUGUAUGUUUAUGAAGAUAAAAGAGUUAAAUUUAUUUCCCUCCACCAUCAGACAUACGAGUAACCUUAGAAGGCCAUUUAAAAUAACUAUUCAGAAGUUGUUCAUAAAAAACAGAUGGCACUGAGAAGAAAAUCCAUGUAUGAACUGUAAAAAGUCCUUCUUACACAUUAGGCAAAUAAGUAUAAAAAAAUUAUGGGACUGAAUCCUGAUUUAUUCCAUAUUAGGAUCAUUCAGUAUCUUGCUGCUAGGUAUGUGAGUACUUAAUACUUUCCUUGGAGUACAACAUGUCUAUGCAAUAGGGAAUUGUUUAUUAAUUAUUCCCACAAAAAGGCAAACUGAAAUCUAGAGUCAGAGUGAUAUUUCUGAAUACAAUGGCAUAGUCUAAGAAAUACUUAUUUUAGAUGUCUUAAAAAGGAGAAAAGAAUUUGUGGUAAGCUUUCUGCAGGUCAGUGUGUUACCUGGUAAGUGAUCUGGUGCUGUAAAUUUACAUAGAAGAUCUAAAAAAAUAUUGAAAAUAGUGCUGUAUGGGUAAGACAAAGGCAGUCUGCGCAUGUCCUUCCAACUUGUGGCUUUCUGCCAACUUGCUAGCAACCUUAUAGGAGAGGAAGGGACCUGACUCACUCUAACAAUAAACAGCAGCUGUAGCAGCUCAGCAAUAUUAAUUUAGAAAUGGAUAGCCAUUGUUAGUGGCCAUGUACUGACCUAAUUGAAAGCGCAUGGUCAGGAUCCUGCAUCAUUUGCAUAUAACAGAAGAUGAACCAUUUAAUUUCUGUGCCAGACUUGUAACCCACUUCUCUUUCAAAGGAUAUACUGGCAGAGAGAGUGCAGUGGAAACCUGUAUGAUACAGGAAAGCGAUAGAAAGUGAUUGAUGAUGCUGGUGUGUGAAAGGGUAGAAGGGAUUUUGAAGGAAGGCAGAAGGGAAGGUUCAUUGUGUAAAAAGCUGUUCCACAGAUAGUUGCCUUGGGUGGAUACCACAUUUAGGGCAUCUAGAUGCAAGAACAAAGAUGUCCUGGUGAUGAGAUUAUUUCUUAGCUAAGAAAUUUUGUAAUGUUGUGCUGACCAGAUGCAUCCAAUGGCUUGGGUCACACAAUAGAAGCAAGCUUGCAACGCUGCAUAGCGCUUUGGUACGUGAAACAGCCCUAGCUGCAUGUCAGCAGUUUUUGAGUCUUGUAUUCAGAGAAUGAGAUGAGAUUGGAUGGUUAGCAGGAGAUGGCCUUGGUACACAAUCAUCUGGGCAAUGCUACAGACCUUGUUUAUGUUGACCACAUCCCCCAUCAGGAUGGCAGCUGUGGAGUGGUGAAGUCUGGCUGCCCUGUAUCACUUCUCUCUCUGCGCAUGAUAAGUUCCCUGAGAUACUCCAAGGUCCCCUAAACUUGUCUAUAUCCUGAAACUUAACUUUAGGGCAUUCAAAGGCUGGAUCCAACUUCUGUGAUACAAACCAUGUCUAAUGACAAGCAACUUCGUACAUUCUUCUCGUGUGACAGAUUGCUGUUCUUAUUCAUUGGGCGGUAACUGAAAAGAAAUUACAUUAUGUCUUAGGUGGGUUCUUAGUUUUUUAUGUGUAACUUUCCAGUGACCUUAACAAAACUAAAAGCGUGUUGUGGAGAUUUGGAUCCUGCCUCUACACAUAGACAAGGUUAUAUUUAUAUUUUCUUUACUUUCCUUCUGCUAGAGCCAACCACCAGUAGAAACAAACAAUUUGUUUAUAAAAUAAUAUACCACUCUGUAUAAUUAAGGGUGACAGAAUCUAGUCCAUAUUGCUUAAGACAAUUUAAAGUCCUAAAAAUAGAUCCCUGUCCUGAUAUUAGUGGAAGAAGCAAGCUCAAAGAAUCAUCUGGACAUCUUCACUCCAGGUCUGUUCUUUGAGUAGCAUCUUUCAAAUAUAAGCAGCACAAAUACAGGAAAUAAAAUAACCAUGUGGAAGACAUAGACUUUUAGAUAAAGGACCUGCAGACAUCUCUGUCUUCUUAUAUGACAGGAUUUUUGAAAUGUAAUUUUCCCCCAAAAGAUACAACUUAAUUUGUUUGAUAUCUCUUGGCUGCACAUGAGAAUUUUUACAGCUACACUGAAAGAGCAUGCUUUCUGCUGGAGUGAUUUGCUAACAUCUGGUGAGUUUUUGUCAUUUACCUGGGUUCAGGUUUUAAACAGAAACAAACUUACUUUAUCAUGUUUCCAUAACUCCAAUACAAUAUAUAGUUAGGAUUUUCCUCUGAUGUGUAUAUACAUGUAAAAUACAUUUUCUUCCACUAUGUGAGAAGUAUAAUCACUCAAAAGAAAGUGGACAUUGGAUAAAGAAGAGAAUUUACAGUUACCAAUAGACAUUGUUAGGCAAAUUUAUCUUCUCGAAGACUCAGUGGAAUUUUAUCUUUCGGUAUUCCUUGAUUUUGUCCCUUAUAAUUCCUUAACGUAUUUCAUCAUUUUACCAUUUCUGUAGGACAUUGACUAGAAGACACACAAUCUUACUGUGUGACAACAAUGAUACUGAAAAUAUAGGAAAGUAUAAUUAUUGUGUAAGCAAUAUAUGAAUAUUGGGUUAAACAUGCAUUCUUGUUAGCUAAAUGACUGAGAUUGCAUACAAACCAGAAAACAGAUACUUUUGAUCUUCCUGGUAUGUUCAUAUACAUAUAUAUUCACAGGCGCAUGUCUCUGCAUGUGUACAUUGUAAUGUCCUUAGUGCGUACUUCUGUUCUGCAGUUCAGGCAUGGUUUUUUAAGAACCUUUUACUUGUGAUUUUAAUUCUGACACCCAAGCAUAAAAUGUUUUAAUGUUUGAACUGAAAUCUGGUUUACAUGCCUUAUGAAAAGAAUGAGCUAAAUAACUUGUGCACAGAAAUGGUAUUUGAAAAAGCAAGCUUAGUUUUAUUUGGAAAUAAUGAAUAAUCUACCUAAAUUCAAACUAGACUAACAGGAGCAUUUUUGUACUCUCAUUUUAUCUGCAAAUUAUUGAAGGUUGACCUUGAACCUGAAAAUGAAAAUAAAGACAAUUUUUAAAGUGUU